AAGAAGGGAAGGCGAGAUGAAGAGCUCUUUGUUGCUGUGCGUGGCCUUGGCUGUCUCCUUGGGGAUCGUCCUUGUGGCAGGUUAUCCAGUGGGCCCCACCAAUGCAGAGUACGUGCUGGUCAGUAAUAAGUGUCAGUGUGUAACAGUGACCUCAAAGUUUGUCCCCUCCAAAGAAAAUCCUGAUGAAGAAGUCCUGGAAAGAAACAUCCGCAUCAUAGUCCCCCUGAAGGCUCGGGAGAACAUCUCUGACCCCUUGUCCCCGCUCAGGACCACUUUUGUCUACCGCUUGAGUGAGCUCUGCAAAAAUUGUGACCCUGUAGAAAUAGAGCUGGGUGGGGGGAUCCACCAGGCCCAGCAGGGCAACUCCUGCGAGGAACCGCAGACCUGCUACACCUACGACAGGAACGAGUGCUACAGCUCCCCUGUGCCACUCCUGUACCACGGGGAGGUGAGGCAGGUUCCAGCAGCUCUGACGCCGGCCUCCUGCUUCGCCGAGUAGCUCAGCUCUCUGCUGUGCUAGAGCCUUGGUGCCCCCCUGUUCCUCUCCAAAAUGUAUGUAUAGCACCACAGUACCUGGAUGACAGCACCCAAAUGCCAGCUCCUACAGUAACCCAACUUGUCUCCUCCCAUUUCCAACCUCAGACUCGUGCCAUCUCCCCAGAGCAGCUCCUGGUUGUCAAACUCCCUUCCCAUGUCCCUGGCACGUACCUGUAAUGCCAUUUUGUAUCUCAGACCACACAGAGCAGAUCCCCGGCAGAUGUAAGGCAGUCAUUCCCUUGAAGUCAGGAAAAUGACACUGAUUUGCAGCUCUGGGGAACCUGUCUUUUUCAGUCCCCUGUGUGUCCUCCCCCCAGCAAGGCUGCUACAGACAUCAGCAGGAGUGUCUGUGCCCUUCCCUCCCUGAGCAAUCUAAAGCAAUCUCUGCACAAUCUUCAUAAAAGGCCUUUGAUGACAUUAGCAGCAUUUAUGCCCUUAGAAGAAAGUUGUAAAACCAUAUUUGAGAGAGCAGAUGAGGGACCCUUCUAGCACCUGGGCAUCUGCAAGCUUCCAGUUCUCACAGAUUCAGAGAAGAUCAAAAGACGCCGCUACCCUGAAGUGUUUUGCAAAGUUGCCAAGCCCUCAGCUGUGCCAGGAAUACUCAACUCUUCUGGGAGAUGUUGAGCAUUUCACUUUCUCCACUGCUUUACUGAUACUGAUGCCUUCUUCCACCCCUGCUCCUGGUUCAAAUGGUGGAAAAAAAAAAAAUCAAGUUGGCUCAAAUUUCUUUUCUUGUUCCUCAUUUUGCAUUUAAAACCUCAAAAAAUUCUGUGAAGGGGACAUAAAUUGCUGGAGUGGGACCCUAGGUCAGGGUUCAGAAUUGGAGCAAUGAAACAGCAAAAACCUUAUUCCCAUAGUAGUAGUUUUGUUAGUGAAACAUUCAAUAAACUUUUUUCUGCAUCA